CCACAGCAGUCCACAGCCAGCCGGUGUUUUGUGAUGCCAUAAAGUGGUGAAUGCAGACAAGGGCACAGGCAGGAACCAGGAGAAGAUCAGCUUAGUUGGAAAAACGGACUUUUCAGCAACUGGCAGCUCACCAUGGCUAUUCCUCACUGGCUCCUCAUGUCUGCGCUCUUCCUGCUGCCUCUCUUGGCACAGGUUUCAGCACAGGAACUAGGAUGUUCUCUCAGUAACAACCAGCCAAGCGUUCCUGAGAAUCAGUCACCUUAUGUGGUGACUACCAUCCAUGUGCAGCCAGGUUUCACCCUAACAAUUGAUCCCAGCUCCCCCGAUGGCCAAUUCUUCACCAUCGAGGACUCUGAGCUGAGGCUCACAAAGCCUGUGGACUAUGAGGUAGACCCCGUGCUGCUGCUGUACCUGACAUGCGAGGGCCCUGCUGGCCAGAAUUCUCUCUUGCAAAUCAUAGUCACCGUUCUGAAUGAGAACGACAACAGCCCUGUGUUUGCACAGCCAAACCUCAGCAGGGAUGUCCCAGAGGAUACAAAAGUGGACACAGUCAUUGUAGCCCGAGAAGAACUAAGUGCUAGUGAUGCUGACCUGGACACCAUUUACUAUGAGCUCACUACCACAGUGCAGGACACAGAUGGUUAUUUUGCCAUAAGAGGAGUUAAUAACCCAGAACUUUAUUUACAAAAAGCAUUGGACUAUGACAAAUUUAAUUCAACAACGUUGCUCUUGUAUGCAAGGGACAUGCCUAUGACCAGCCCAGACCCCAGCAACACCACCCACACGGCCACUGCAACAAUAACCAUCACCAUCCAGCAGAGUGACACCCGGGCACCCUGGUUCCUGCCCUGCACCCAGCUCCACAAUGACAAGAGCGUCUGCAUCAGCAGCCCCUACUCCGGCAGGGUCAACAUCUCUGAGAUGUCGACGCAGCCACUCCUCCUGGAGCCAGGACCCAUCUAUGCUGUUGACCCUGACUACACCAUCAGCGACAGGAUCGUGUACAGCAUUGUUGGGGGGAAUACAGACGAAGUGUUCUCAGUGGAUGCAGACACGGGGAAUCUAACCAUGAAAAAAAUAGUGACUUCCCCAGAUUCCUUUCUGUUGCAAGUUAUGGCCACCCAGGUCAGCAAUAUAAGGAAAUACUCUGUAGCCACUGUAGAGAUCAAGGUCAUCAAUAAGAGCAAUUUCCCACCCUACUUCGAGAAGGAGGUCUACAAUGGGAUGGUGCUUGUUGGGCUGCCCCAGAGAAGCUUCGUCUACCAAGCUGGAGAUCCUUCCACCCCCCUGGUGAUAACAGCAUUGGAUCAGGAUUUCCCUGAUAAAAUCAACCCCAACAUCGAGUACUAUCUCAAAAACAGCACUGAUUUCAUCACAACAAAGGAUGGGCUCAUCCUAACCAACACUGUGCUGGAGUCCCCAGGAACUGUGACCAUCCAGGCUGUUGGAAAAGAUGUGUUGAGCCUGGAGGAGGCAAGCACCAUAAUUGUGGUGGAAGUCAUCCUUGCCACAGCUGUAACCCCCUCUGACAAGAUGUACUCUGCUCAGGACAUGGCUAUCUUGGGGGGUGUAUUAGCAGCACUGCUGUUAAUUGCCUUACUCUUCAUUGGAGUGCUGCUAUGGAAAUCCAGUAGAUGGUAUGGAAAACCUGUGAAAUCCCUGAUGAAGAAAAGGCUCUCCAAGGAAAUCUAUGGGGGUUACCAGAACGAAUAUUACCAGGAAGAUGUGAGCACCAAGCAGUACGAGACAUCAGAAACAAGCAGUGUUCAGGAAGAGACUCCUGUGCCAGAGCAGCCAGCACUUGCCCUGCACUCUUCCAGUGCAGAGGAAACAGAGAGUCUCCCAAAGGGCUCCAUAGCUUCCACUGUCAUCUUUGACCAGGAAGAGGAAGUGGGAGAAAAGGAAGAAGAGGCUGGACAGGAGAAAGAAGUGAAGUCAAUCCUCAAAACAGACAGGCACGUGGCAGAUGAUGGCUACAAAGCUGUGUGGUUUAAGACUGAUGUGGACCCCGAGGCUGGAGAGAGGGUUGAAGUGAUUGAGGACAAUGCAGCAGAUGAUGAUGAUGAUGAUGAUGACAGUGACCAAGAUCUGCAGAAGAAUGAGGAGGAGGAGGAGGAAGAAGGUUCUGACACGGAUGGUCACCACCGAGGGCUGGGAGAGUCCUUUGCCUCAGCGAGCUCGUCACCCCCAGCAGAAGAGGUGACAGUCAACAUGUCUCACACUGGUGCAGGGACAUAUGACACUGAGAUAUAACAGAAAUUGGGUACAUACCCCCAAAAAUGGGGCAAUCUCAGCUUCUCUGCUGACAUGAAGCCCAUCUUUCUGCUCAGGGAGAAACUGGAAUGCAGAAGGGUGAGGUUAUCUGUCCUGCUUGUCUGAAUGCAGCAAAUAAGGCCAGAAGAGAUUACAGCUAAUUUUACUCUUUAGUGAGACCUUGGAAUAUCACUUAGGAUUUUCAGGGUGAAGCAUUUCAUCUUUCCACCUUCCUGCCUGUUCCCUCUGGGUCUCUUGACAUCACCUUUCCUAACCUGGCUGUGGGUACAGCAGAGCUGAAGCUGCCCUGGCCUGGCCGCAGCGAGCCCAGCUCACAGGAGCAGCUGAGUUGCACUGUCCAGUGUUGUUUGGCUCAUCCCUUGAGGAUGUUGCAGCAGGGUGUCAGCAAGUCCCUCUGAGCCUGCAGGUGCUCCUGUGACUAUGCAGGAGCUGACCUCAAGGCUUGGUUCUGCUCUGUUCUCCCAGCACAAGCAGCUGGAAUGUGCCACCAGACCCUUGUCCUGCCAGCCAGGAGGUUCCAUGCUGUUCCCUUUGUCACUGGUAAACAAGGACUCAUCACAUGUUCUUUACUGAAGGACUUUGUCAUCAAUUUUCUGUGUCAUAAACCCACUAAUUGUGCAGUACUUUAGCUAUCUGCUAUCUGUCAGGCAAAAGAGCUUCUGAGAGAGAUAUUGUCUUCAAGUGCCAAGUCAGCACUCUGUUUCCAGGUAGCAGAGGGAAGGAAAUAUUUGAUGCUCUUGUCUAGGUUUGCACCUACCAUCAACCAAUCUCUUCCCCCAUCUGGGAGCCAAAAGCUGGGCUGGUUUCCACCAGCUGAGAGCAUGGCUCUGUGCAUUUGCAUCUUCUGAUCAUCAGCACAAGAUCUGUGCUGCUCCUGGAGAAAGAAACCAAGGAGUGACUGCUGGAUCUGCAGGAACAUCAGAGCACAUGUGAUCCCAGGACAUGUCUCUGUCCCAGAGACAUGUUCCCAUGCUCAGUCCUGCUCUCCUGGACUUCAGGAGCUCUGCUUGUGCUGAAGAUCAAGCCCAGGACCUGGGAAGCUUUCCUACUUCCUGCAGCAAAGCUGUUUGCCUGGGAAUUACAGUGUGGUAAUGGAGGGUGGGGAGUGUGCCCAGUGUUUGCCAUAUAAAGAUUCCCUCCAGCAGCUUUGGGAUAUGUCCAGGAAGCAUUUCCCACAGGACUAUGAGAACUCUCUGGCAGCUGCUCACUGCCAACCCAACACCUCUGGCCACCAGCAAGGCUGAGGAUCAAGCCUGCCUGUCCCUGAGCUGAUGCUGCUCGUGGGAGGGUUGCUGAUGUGGGGAGAAGCUGGAGUGCUUCUCCUCUGCUCUGUUUCCUUGUUGGCUGUGCCGUGUGUGGUCCAUUCCUGUCAGUGCUCUGCUGUGUGUCUGCCUUCCCUCUACUGCUGUGUACUCUGGAUUUCUGCUGGCACACUCAUUUAUGAGCUCCCUGCAGCUGCAAUCUGUGUUCAGCUCUUGGUGCUCCCCUUCCCCUCACCAGGGUGCUUCCCAUGCUCUUGGAAUGGGACUGGUCCCAUCAAACCAGUCUUUGUUUUCUCCCAGGUCUCAUCAGUGCACAGGAUUUGGUAUUUUCCAGGGUUAUGGGUGUUUAAUUUCAAAGGAGGUGAUGUUUGGUAAAUACUGUGUCUGUGGAAAUAGUGGUUGUUGUGAGGAGAAGAGAAGCACAACAACACAAAAAUAAAACUUGGCAGCAGGCAGAGCUCAGCUGCUUCCAGCUAUUGCCUGUUAAAGCCUCCAGAUCCUGUGUUCUUGACUCCUGUCCUUUGGAAAGAAUUAAAGAAAAAUGUGUAAGGAGCAAGAAGAAAAUGUAACCUUUUAAGUUCAAGUCCAUGUGUUCUUGCAUUCCAUCUGUUUGGGUUGGUUUGUCUGCUGAGGCUGGGAAAGGUGACAGAGUUUUUGUAUCCUUGUACAACAAUCAGUUCAUUUAUAAACAUCUGCAUAAGAAAGAAAAAUGUACUGAUAGAAAUGUUUUUAGAAAAUUGGAUCAGUUGAAGUGUUUUUUGAUGGCAAAUAAAUAUCUAAGUACCUUGAAGAUCUCAUCCUUACACUCCAGAGACACUCAAGUGCUUUUGGAAGUUUAACUCUACAGGUAGAUAUAAGAAAUCUCUUCCACUCCAUCCCCAGUCAAGCUCUGCUUUUAUUUCUGUACCAGCUUGGAAUGAUACUUUUUUAAUAUUUGUAAUACAGAGCUAUAAAAAGCUGGUCAGCAAAUCUGCAGGGGGUGGAAGAGCAGUUUCAGUGUGGCUGUGGUAUGUGUGUGUUUGAGGUUUUACAGGUGGGAGUGGCACAGAUGCCAAGGGAGAGGAUCCUCACGGCUUUCCAGCUUUGAGCACCCUCUCCUGAUGUAACACAGACCUGGCAUGUGCCUGUUUCACCUUUCAAGGAAAAGAAGCCUCUCAGCUGCCAGGGGAAAUGCUGAAGCUGAAUUGAAACCAGAAGGUGCAAGCAGGGAAUUGGAAAAUCAAGUAAAUACAGACAUUACACCUGCAGGAAGAAACAGAAACAGACUGAAAAAUUCCCAGGUGUAUGAAAAUUAAUUUCUGCUCAAAUUCUGUCUCCAUUUAGAACUGAAUAACCUCAUGGAUUUAAUCAAGUGUCAUUGGAAUAACUGACAGCAAAUGCAUCCUUUUGCUUAUUUUUUGCUUCUGAGAGAAAAAUGCUUCCAGCUUGCCAGAGUGCAGAGGACAGUUGUUGGCUUAGUUUUGAAGGGAUGGAAGAGAACUGGAGAUAUUUAUCUUUGUAUGUAGGACAGCAGAAUGAUCUAGCAUUUAUAAACUUCCAAAUGAUAAACAGACAGAGAUAAAAGACCUGUUUUAACCUGAUUCCCCUUGGAUAUUGAGCAGCCUUAGCUCCAAAAGGGAUUCUUUUUCCUUAAAAAUAACGAAGUCAAUUAAAUUUUAUUCUGGUUUGUGCACUUUAUUUUUUCAUGAGUUGGUUGCUGAGUCCUCAUGGAAAUAAAGCUGACCUCAGCAGUAAAUGGAAUUUUAAAGAAACAGGAUCAACUCCAUCAAACAGGUUUUAAGCAAAUUAUGGUCUUCCCUUUUUAUAAAUACCUAUUUUAUCCAAUCAGCAAUAAUAGCAGUUCACCGUCAAAUUCCAAGGAACAAAUUUUGAGCUAUAACAACAACUGAGGCUGCAGAAAUGACCCAUAAACAUUAUAAACAAUAUAAAUUGUUUUCCUGUGCUCUUUUUGCACAGAGAGGUGACUGUAAUGAAGGACACAGAUGGGAGUGUUGGGUUUCCCCUUGGUUUGUGUAAGUUGAGAUAAACACUUGUAUCAUAAGCCUUAAUGGAAUAGCUGAAACAUGUAAGACACCAUAUUAUCCUUGUGCUCUUCUUGGAUUUUACAUCUUUAUGGAUGUGUUAUGGGUUUUAUAGCAGGAUAAGUAUCCUAACUGUCCAGGUGUAAAAGUAACAGAUUUCUUAGGGAGACACAAGGACAUGUAUUCCUUCUUGCCCCUGUAACACAGAAACAACCACCAUCAACACACGGUCACAGUUUGUCUCUCCCAUGCAUCACAGAGCCUGUGAGUUAAGGGCAGUUGUGAAGAAACAAAACAAUCCCUCUUGGCUCAUCCAGCUUUCCUUAUGAGAGAUCUCUCUGUUACUGAUCACGUUCCAAAUAACAGCAGGAGUCAAACGUGUCACUGCAGAUCCCAAAAAGCCCAUUGGAGGCAAUAUCAUCGCUCAUGCUUCCACCACCAGGUGAGACAAGAGAUGGUCACAUCCCAGGAGCCUGGGUUGGGAAUGUUUUAUGGAAUUGGCCAAGUGGCUUUUACUUCUGGGGUUUCCAUAGUCUGACCAUGGCAGGCCCAGCCUGUGCUUCAGCUCAGUGCCACUCUGGGCCCUCAGUCCUCAAGGAAAUGAAUGUCUCAGGCAGUUCACACAGCUCUGUUUGCUCCUCUGUGGAUUAGGAUGAUUUUCUGUCCCUUCUGACCUGUUCCCUUCCCACUCCCUGCCAAACUGUACCUGCGGAAAGGCCGAGGUCUGUAAGGCCAGGAUCUGUAAAAGAUUAUUUUUAAAUACUCUACACUAUUUCUCUAGAAUUCGAUUAAAAAGAAUAAAAUUGUA